GCUACGCUUUUUAAAAACCAAAAAUAGGUCCCAAAAAUUAGUUUCAUCAUAAUGACGUCUUCUCGGCAAAAUCUUCAUAAAAUCUGUCGCUAUCGAUUGCGUGGAAAUUGUCGUUUCGAUGAUUUAUGCCGAUACUCACACGAUGUGUUACAAAAUGACAACCUGAGGCCGCAGAUAUCAAACAAUGCGGAUGAAGUCGUGGGGCAUGCAAACAGGUACAGUCGGCCGAUGACCGGGGCAAAUGCAACAGAGGAGAUGAAGCUAUCCUUUGCAAUAGCCAAAUCCCAGGACAAGAUGUGCGGCAUUUGUUUGGAAACCGUCGUGAAGAAGAGGGGGCGUGAAUGUCGCUUUGGCAUCCUGCCUAAGUGCAAGCACAUAUUCUGUUUGACGUGCAUUCGCAGAUGGCGUCAGGCCGAGUAUAUCGAGGACAAUGUGAAGCGUGGUUGCCCCGAAUGUCGCGUCUUCUCGGAAUUCGUGUGCCCUAGUGCCUACUGGGUGGAUACAAAGGAGGAGAAGGACAAGUUGCUAAGCGAAUAUCGCGCGGCAAUGGGCGCCAAGGAUUGCAAGUACUUCAAUGGGGGCUUGGGCAAAUGUCCCUUUGGAACAAAUUGCUUCUACAAUCACCGUUCUCUGGCGGGUGAUAACCGCAUUCAACGGCAUUCAAUGGAGGAUGACGACUUUUAAAUAUAUUGAUUUUAAUGAUGACAUGACAUGGCAUGUGACCGGUCGAUCCCAUUUCUCAGUGACUCGAGCGAUACGUUCAUUUCAAAGCAAAUCAAAGAGAACAAAGCAACUUUUGUUAGACGGCUGAGGAGACACGGUUUAUAGACUUAGUCUUGGUCCUUGCCAGAGACUAUAAUGUACAACACUGAGCUUAAUAUAGCUUCGUUCAUCCACAUAUCGACCAAUUUAGUGCAUUACUAUCCCCAUAUAGCCGAAUUCAAGCAUUUAGCAAUAUAACCCUUACAAAAUAAAACAAAUACUCAAGCACC